AUGGCAGCAGCAAACUCCACUCCACCUGGCUCUUUGGACCUGAACCAGCCUGGGUUUGCAAAGGAGAUCCUGGGAACUACACUGCAUGUCAAAUACCUCUGCUCUGAUUGCAAGAAUAUUCUGAGGAGGCCGUUUCAAGCUCAGUGUGGACAUCGCUACUGUUCCUAUUGCCUAAAGAAAAUCAUAAGUGUUGGACCUCAGAAGUGUGCCAGCUGCAUUCAGGAAGGAAUAUACGAAGAGGGAAUCUCUAUUUUGGAGGCAAACACGGCUUUCCCUGACAACGCAGCUCGUCGGGAGGUGGAGAGUCUGCCUGCUGUCUGCAUUAACAGUGGCUGCAGCUGGAAGGGGACCAUUAAAGAGUAUGAGGAAUGCCCUGACAGGAACCUCAGCUGCAAAUCCUGCAAAUGUUCUGCAGGAGUCCUGGCUCAUGAUGAAGUCUGCCCUGAAUUUCCACUGACUUGUGAAGGCUGUGGGAAGAAGAUUCCAAGGGAGAAGUUUCGGAACCACGUGAAGACUUGCGGCAGACCCAAGGUGCCCUGCAGGUUUGAGGCAGUCGGAUGUGCUGAGGUGGUGGAAAAUGAUAAGCUGCUAGAGCAUGAGAGCAAGUGUUUGCCAGAGCACCUUUACAUGCUGCUGAGCUUCGUGCUCAGCCUCAAGGCUGGAUCUGGAGACCUGAAGCCCCUUCCUGCCCUUCCCUCAUCACAAAACAGCUCCCCACUACUGGCAGAAAACUCCCUGUGCUCAGAGUCAGAGCUUUCCAGGUCCCUGGAGCUCCUGGGAAGGUGUGAGGCUCUGGAGAGGAAGACAAUGACCUUUGAGAACAUUGUCUGCGUGCUCAACAGGGAGGUGGAGAGAGUGUCCCUGACCGCUGAGGCCUACAGCCGCCAGCACCGCCUGGACCAGGAGAAGAUCGAAACGCUGAGCACCAAGGUCCGGCAGCUGGAGAGGAGCAUUGGGCUCAAGGACCUGGCCCUGGCUGAGAUGGAGGAGAAAAUCCGAGGCAUGGAAGCCUCCACCUAUGAUGGAGUUUUCAUCUGGAAGAUCACAGAGUUUGCCAGGAAGCGCCAGGAGGCCAUCACAGGUCGCUCUCCUGCCAUCUUCUCUCCAGCUUUCUACACCAGCAAGUAUGGCUACAAGAUGUGCCUGCGAGUCUACCUGAACGGGGAUGGCACCGGGCGUGGCACACACCUGUCCCUCUUCUUUGUGGUGAUGAAGGGACCCAACGAUGCCCUGCUGCGCUGGCCCUUCAACCAGAAGGUGACGCUGAUGCUGCUGGAUCAGAACAACCGGGAGCACAUCAUCGAUGCCUUCCGUCCCGAUGUCAGCUCCUCCUCCUUCCAGCGUCCUGUCACCGAGAUGAACAUCGCCAGCGGCUGCCCCCUCUUCUGCCCUGUGUCCCUGAUGGAGGCCAAGAGCUCCUACGUGCGGGACGAUGCUAUCUUCAUCAAAGCUAUCGUGGACCUCACAGGCCUCUAA